CAUCGACCAUAUCUUCUUGUGGCCAGCUACAGCCAGCAGGUCCUCACUGAACACGUUCGAAAUCAUUCCUCACGAAAAAUCUGGCCGUUCCUGCAACGCGUACCAACAAAAGCAACUACGGCAGCAUGGCCCGAUACCGUCUGGAGCCGACGUGGUCUUCACAGAGGUCUUCUCGUGCAGCAGACGUAUUUCAAAGCAGAUGGUAGAAGUGUGACAAAGAAAUGUGGGAAGUACUCCCUCUUUCUGCACUCCACGGCCCGAGACGUAUGAACUUUCCCGAAAUGUACCGUCCACACGGUAGAACCCACCAUACGUCGUAUCGGAAGUAGUCACCAUUCGUAGAAGAGUCUGCUCACGAAGCAUCAAAGGCUUUGAGAUCAUCGAAGAUGCCUGCAGCAGAGUUAUGUAUUUAUUAGCUUCCUGUCACUGACGAUGAAGACUCAUAUUGUUACCACCAGCACAUGGCAGCAGCGCUCAAGCACAUCACACUCGGGAAGGAUCAAGCAUAGCUAAGGCAAGCUGCUCGACACUUCAUGGCACCACAACAAUCGAUACCACUGGCCGCGAAUGUCCUGGGCACUAUUGGCACGGUCCUCUGGUGUAUUCAAUCACUUCCACAAAUAUGGCACAGCUACCGCACAAAAAGCACCGAAGGCCUACCAGCCGCCAUGACCUUUCUCUGGGGCACGUCAGGCUUACCCUUCGGUGUCUAUGCUAUCUGCCAGAAUUUCAACAUACCCUUACAGAUACAACCUCAGAUCUUCGGGUUCUUGUUCACAGUCAGCUGGGGCCAGUGCAUGUACUAUGGGCGUGGCUGGAGAGCAUGGAAAGCCGUACUUGCGGUAGCAAUCAUCGCUAUCGUGUUUGCGGCACUGGAAGUGGCGCUGAUCUUGACUCUGAGACCAUUGUAUUGGAAUGAUGGGGUCGAAUGGCCUAUCACCAUGAUCGGAGUGGUCGCAUGCGUUAUGCUUCUCGCUGGAUUCAUACCUGUUCCAUUCGAGCUUAUAAAGCGUCGAGGACGAGUCAUUGGUAUCGACUUCUGGUUUCUCUUGAUGGACUCAUCUGGUGCCCUGUUCUCUCUGCUGUCUCUGCUUGUGCAAGACACCUUUGACGCAGAGUUUGGUGCACUGUACAUUCUUUGCGUGGUAUUUGAGUAUGCCAUCUUUCUCUCACACGGCGUGUGGCUCUUGAGGACGCGCGGAAUUCGCAAGAGAGCUCAGGAAGCACAAACCGACUAUGACGAUUUUCCUGAGGCGAUAGAAUGGCAAGCCAAAGCAUGGACACUUGACUGGCUGUCCUUGAAGCGCAUGCGGCGAUCGAAGAUAAAUUUAGAGGAAGAUGUCUCGAGGCUCGAUGAACCCGUCGAUGCCAAGGUAUGAUUGCAUGGACGCAAUGCACUGCUCGUAGCAAUCCAGGCUAUUGGCGGUCUAGAAUCGCUACUGUCUCCCUUCCG